GACAGCGUAGCUCGCCCGUCAGUGCGGACGCGCGGCGUCGUCCCGUCCGCUUCGGCUCUGCGGCUAGGGGCCUGCGGCGGGCUCUACGGGUUGGAGCCGGGGACGCGGUCGCGGGCACGCGGCCAGCGGCUCCCGGCCCUUCCCCGCCGGACCCUCGCCCGGAAGAAGCCCGAGGCCUCCGUCCCGGCGGCGAUGCUGCCCCGGCGGCCGCUCGCCUGGCUCGCGUGGGUUUUGCGGGGUCCCCCGGGACCGCGCGGGGCCUGCGCCCCCGGAGCCGCGGGUUCUUGGAGUAAGCGGGCUGGUCCCCUGGCCCGCAGGGGCUGCUGCACCGCCCCCGGGACCCCCGAGGUGCCGCUGACCCAGGAGCGCUACCCCGUGCGGCGCCUGCCGUUCUCCGCGGUGUCUGAGCAAGACCUGGUCGCCUUUGAGCGCAUCGUGCCCGGCGGGGUCGUCACGGACCCGGAGGCGUUGCAGGCCUCCAACGUAGACUGGCUGCGCACGCUGCGAGGCUGUAGCAAGGUGCUGCUGAGGCCACGGACGUCGGAGGAGGUGUCCCGUGUCCUCAGGCACUGCCACGAGAGGAACCUGGCCGUGAACCCACAGGGGGGCAACACAGGCAUGGUGGGUGGUAGCAUCCCCGUCUUUGACGAGAUCAUCCUCUCUACUGCCCUCAUGAACCGGGUCCUCAGCUUCCACAGCGUGUCCGGAAUUCUGGUUUGCCAGGCGGGCUGCGUCCUGGAGGAGCUGAGCCGGUAUGUGGAGGAGCGGGACUUCAUCAUGCCACUGGACUUAGGGGCCAAGGGCAGCUGCCACAUUGGCGGAAAUGUGGCAACCAACGCUGGGGGCCUGCGGCUUCUUCGAUACGGCCCACUGCGCGGGACCGUGCUAGGCCUGGAAGUGGUGCUGGCCGACGGCACGGUCCUGGACUGCCUGACCUCCCUGAGGAAGGACAACACGGGCUAUGACCUGAAGCAGCUGUUCAUCGGGUCGGAGGGCACUUUGGGGGUCAUCACUGCAGUGUCCAUCCUGUGUCCACCCAAGCCCAGGGCUGUGAACGUGGCUUUCCUUGGCUGUCCAGGCUUCGCUGAGGUUCUACAGACCUUCAGCACCUGCAAGAAGAUGCUGGGCGAGAUCCUGUCCGCAUUUGAGUUCAUGGAUGCUGAGUGCAUGCAUCUGGUUGGCCGCCAUCUCCACCUGGCCAGCCCUGUGCAAGAGAGCCCGUUUUACAUCCUCAUCGAGACUUCAGGCUCCAACGCAGGCCACGAUGCUGAGAAGUUGGGCAGCUUCCUGGAGCACGCGCUGGGCUCCAGCCUGGUGACCGACGGGACCAUGGCCACCGACCAGAGGAAAGUCAAGAUGCUGUGGGCCCUGAGGGAGCGGAUCACGGAGGCACUGAGUCGGGACGGCUACGUGUACAAGUACGACCUCUCCCUCCCCGUGGAGCGGCUCUACGACAUCGUGACCGACCUGCGUGCCCGCCUUGGCCCGCAGGCCAAGCACGUGGUGGGCUACGGCCACCUGGGAGACGGUAACCUACACCUCAAUGUGACGGCGGAGGCCUUCAGCCCGUCGCUCCUGGGCGCCCUGGAGCCUCACGUGUACGAGUGGACGGCCAGGCAGCAGGGCAGCGUCAGCGCGGAGCAUGGCGUGGGCUUCAGGAAGAGGGACGUGCUGGGCUACAGCAAGCCACGCGAGGCCCUGCAGCUCAUGCAGCAGCUCAAGGCCCUGCUGGACCCCAAGGGCAUCCUCAACCCCUACAAGACGCUGCCCAGCCAGGCCUGACGGCCGCUCCCGUCACUACCAAGGCCCGCUGGGGGUCAGCGAUGGUUCUCGGGGCGGGAGUGUUGUGCUGGGUCUGAGUGAUGAGCUGGCGGUGGGCAGGGGACCGUGGCCCACACUGGGAACUGCAGGAGUGUCUGGCAGAGCUGGGGGUGGAAUAGACUCCCUCCUUUGCAGGCAGGGCGAGGUGAGGCCUCUGCUGCUGUCUUGACCGGUCAGGGUGGCAUCAGCCUUGCCCGUGGGGAAGCGGAACUGGGUCUCACUUGCCUGGUUGGGGCGGUCUCUGGCUCUGCCUUGCUUGCCGAAGCUCUGAGGCACUGGGUGGUUCUUCUGCCAUUUGCUGCUGGUGGGUAGUGGGGGGUUGUGGGCAGGGCCACGUAGGCCACGAUCCUGGGUUGCCGAGAUGACCCAGGCGCUGAGGCUCUGCUGAACGGAUCCGGGUCCCACAGGCCGUGGGUGCCCUUGGGAGGGGUGGCGGUGGCUGGUGUCUGGGCCUGAGUGACAGGAACGUGUUGCUUCCUCCGUCUUCUAGAGGGCCUGCGGCUGGGAAGACACUCCACCAGGGCGAGCUGUGCUCUUGAGUCUCAGGGACUGCUUCUGCAGAGGGUGUGCGGAGGCGUGAGUGAGGCCGCUGUGGAGCGCUCCUGCCGGCCAGCAGCCCUGGGCAACCAGUGGGCUGUGUGACGCACUUGGGGGCACCUCUGCUUCUGUCGUGAAUGUCCAGUAAAACCUGAAUUGGCUGCAA